GCGGGACCUCCUGUGUUUAAUGUUUCCUUAACAACCGAACAGAAACAGGAGAAGUUCUCGGAGGAGAAACGCCUCGAGUCGGAAUGGCAGGGACUGGAGAGGCAAAGAAAGAGGAGGCCGACUACAAGAGGCUACACAGCUUCCCUCUCAUCAGGCACACAGACAUGCCAGAGGAAAUGCGAGUGGAGACGAUGGAGCUCUGUGUGACGGCCUGCGAGAAGUUUGCCACCAACAAUGAAAGUGCAGCGAAGAUGAUCAAAGAGUCGAUGGAUAAGAAGUUCGGCAGCUCGUGGCACGUUGUGAUCGGAGAGGGCUUCGGCUUCGAGGUGACCCACGAGGUGAAGAACCUGCUGUACAUGUUCUUCGGGGGGAGUCUGGCUGUGUGUGUGUGGAAGUGCUCGUAGCCCCUCCACACACACACACACACACACACUGCGACACACGGCUACACACCAGCCCAUAAUAACCCGCCGUCUGGAGGCGCAGGGACUCGUUUAAAGGGAAUUAAAAAAGGCAUGAGAUAAGAUGUGUCUCCGUCCGCCUCUGAAGUAACAGACCGACACACAGCAGGGUCCUCUUCAGGGAGUGUGUGUGUUUGUGUGUGUGUGUGUGUGUGUGUGUGUGUGUGUGUGUGGGUGUGACUUUAUAUGUUUGUGUGUGCUGGACACACACUGUUUUUUUUAAGAUAACAUUUCAUCUGCACCUUCCUCCACAGU